CACACACACACACACAGAGAGCGCAAAAGAUCUCGUGCAUUUAAGUUACUCACCCUAUAACUAUUUAUUCAUUGCAAAACAAGUAGUUUUAGAAUAAAUGACGUUUUAUUCCAAGAAACUUAAAAAUCAACUUUACAUUUUAUUCUCAAAUGAUUUAUUUUUUUUAAUAAAAAUAAUAACAGUAUUUAAGGGUUUCUAAGGAAUAUUUGUGGUAGAAGAUUAAUAAAAAGAGUCUUCAGUGCUCGUGCUCCAGUAAGCUCCAGUUGCACUGCUGAAAUCCCAGUUCAGUUCAGUUCAGUUCCCACAAUGCCGGCGCUGUAUCGGACAAUCCUGCUGCUCUCAGUCAGUAUGGCUUCACUGGUGGCCCAGAGGUCUGUAAGGAGUAAGAGAGGUCUACUGGAGCUGGCUAGCAUCAUCAAAUGCUCCACAGGCAGGUCGGCAUUAUCCUACCUCAUGUAUGGCUGCUAUUGUGGCCUCGGAGGGAAAGGCUGGCCCAGAGACAGGGCAGACUGGUGUUGCCACAAGCACGACUGCUGCUACGGAGAUGCAGAAAUCGCAGGCUGUCACACAGUGACUGACAAGUAUCGAUGGACUUGUGAAGACAAAGAGGCUGACUGUGGUGUACAGACGUAUCAAAGUGGACGGUGGGUGAACGCUGAUUCCCUUAAAGACAGAUGUGAGAAAAUCCUCUGUAAGUGUGACAGAGAAGCAGGCAGAUGCCUAAGAAAAGCCCCUUACAACAAGAAAUAUGCCUUUUGGCCAGACUUUAUGUGUGGCUGUUUAUAUCCUACCUGCAAUAUAUACUAAUUUUGUGUAUUUAGUCUAUGUAUCUGGGUGCUAUUAAAUAAACAUGUGUUAUUGAUGCAUACUGAUGUUGUUUUCAUAAUUAUCAUUAUUUUUAGCCAUACAUAUAAUCAGAAUUGUCUUUGGAUGGUUUAAUGCAUCAGAGACCAUUUGUUAUGUACAGAUAAGUGACCGAUUAAAGGAAUAUAUGAUGGCUCUGUCAUACUGGGUGUUAACAAAGCAUCGAUCCCAAUAACUGUAUAUAUGAGUGGACAUUUAUAUUUAUGGAGGUCAUUUUGAAAAACUGCUACCAUCGCUGCUCUUUCUAUCCUGCUGUUGCUUUUUCAUCAGUACGUUGUCCAUAUGAUUGUAGACGUGUUCUUCUAUGCUUCACUUGUUCUGUCACUGGAGUUCAAACAAGUGACUAGCUAAUCUUACAGUUUUAGCUGUCUUGCUUUGUCAUUUCUCACUAGUAAAAAUAUAUAAAAAUAAAGACCUAUGGUAGAUGAGCAACAUAUCAGAAAAACUGAAAAUAACUGCAAACCGUGAGACUUCUCUGUUCUCUGGCUCUGUUUACAGCUGAAAAAAGGCAUUUGCUUUGCUACAGAACUGCUAGGAGAUAACUCCCAUAAAAUGUUUCAUUCUAAGAAGGAAGAUGUCAAGGCCUACAACUGAAUGUGUAAAAAUGACACCACAAUUCUCAAACUGAAAUUAUCGGUGGAGUUUUUAACAUUUUAUAGUGGAAGUUUGGGUCCUUUCCCAAUCACCAACGUGAAAAUGGGCGGGGUUAAAAAUUGUACUGCAGUCAGCCACUAGGGGGCAUCAGAGACAUUCUGGCUUUGCUUUUAAAUCCGUGUUGCAGUAUGAUGUCCACCCAUAAUGUAUAUAAAAUAUACUGUUACUGUUCCUUCCACAGAGCAGGAAGGAUCACUGAAUGAUGUAAAUCACAGGAUAGAUAGAUAGAUAGAUAGAUAGAUAGAUAGAUAGAUAGAUAGAUAGAUAGAUAGAUAGAUAGAUAGAUAGAUAGAUAGAUAGGGAUAGAUGUCUCUGGGGGUUUAGAAGAAUCCCAGAGAAACAGGAUGAUUCCCACUGUAAUUUUCCACUAUGAAAUAACUAAAUAGACCUGCACCCAAGCUUUUGAUGAAGAAUAUACAUCUCUGAUUUUAUAUGUAUUAUUUUCAUUCCUUAAUUCAGAGAUUUCUCUUGGAUGCAACGUGCAUGCCUUUGAAAUCUUUCAGUUAAUAUUGUGAAUUAUAUCCGGUUAAUUUUCUAUAGCGGUUAUCCUACAGAGGAUCCCCGUGGACCUGGAGUCUGGACUCAGGGCACAAGGUAGAGGACACCCUGGACAUUGCACACACACAUUCACACACUACAGACAAUUUAGAGAUUCCAAUUAGCUAACAAUGUCUUUUGACUGGAGGAGGAAACCCCAAGGAAGUACACAUAUUUGCAUAAACGUGCAAUCUCAUGUUUACACAUAUUAAUCUUGAAAAUGUUUCAAGAAUGUGUUUCUUAAACAUCCAUCCAUCCAUCCACCCAUCCAUUGUCUAUACCCACUUUAUUCCUAAUUAGGGUCACGGGGAUCUGCUGGAGCCUAUCCCAGCACACAUUGGGAGAAAGGCAGGGGUACACCCUGGACAGGUCACCAGUCCAUCACAGGGUCACAUAUAGACAGACAACCACACACACACUCACACUCCUUUGGGCAAUUUAGAAUUUCCAAUCCACCUAAUGUACAUGUUUUUGGACUGUGGGAGGAAACCGGAGUACCCAGAGUUGUUUCUUAAACAUAACCAUUUCAAUUUAGUAAAAAAAAACCCCAUUUAGCUUUGAACCAAUCAGCAUUCAGUGUUUAGUGUGACUGCUGUACUAGGAUAUUCACUAGACUCCAGGAUAGAAGUGAAUCCUACAACAAAGUGAAUAAAUUUGUAUUUGUUUAGAUUUAUUAUUUAUCUGUAUUCACAAAUUUCUAACCGUAUAUAUUCUGACUCUUUAUAUCUACACUCAGGGAC